AGGGCGGGCGAGGGGGAGCGGCGGGAGGCAGAGGGCGGCACUCCCCGCUCGCAGUGUCCUCUCUUUCCCCCCUCCCCGUGAGCGCUUGCCCAAGCGCGGAGCGUCAGUUCUUAACUGAAUAUAACCCCAGCCUCCUGCAAAACCAACAUCGUUUUUAUUACUUUUUGUUUGUGGCCAUCCUGCACUCUAUGCUCGAUAGGUCCUGGUCAUGAUCGUCUACUCCUUGACUUAUUCUGCGACGUGCGUUUCGACGGCCGUCGACAGCCUGGUUGAGAUGCAGGACAGUCUGGGCGACGGGUACUCCGUCAAAGACACGCUGGUUCCUCUGCAAGCCGGCUUAGGGCGAAUAUUUUUGUUUUUGUACGCCUGCUCCACCUUCCAGCGAGCCGCUCAAGAGCAUUCCAAGCUGAGUCAAGAACUGCAGGGCUUUCUGGCGGAUACUCCAGAUGUGCCGGUCGCAGUAUUACGUGAGGUUGAGAGAUUUAUCGUACAAAUUGGACUUCGGGAUGGGUAUUUCGACGUCCUCAGCCUGUUUCGCCUGGAUAUUGGUGCUAUGAGAACUAUUCUGGCGGCUACUGCAACGUAUCUCUUCGUGCUCAUGCAGUUUGGAAUAUCCAUGUAUUAGCGAGCAACGCAUCUGCGUGAUAGUCUUAAGUGUAAAUAGAACAACGUGUUCGGCAGGAGGAGAAAAUAACUGUGUUUUUCAUCAAUAAA